UAUAAUAGAAGAUCAUUCAUCACGGUUACAACAGAUCAAUGAAAAACACUGCAAGUUUAUGUCCAUGCAAUAUCCUCUUUUAUUUCCAUAUGGUGAGGAUGGUUAUCAUGAUGAGCUUAUGUGCCUUCCAGUGUCAAAUGCAUCAAAUCAACGCCAAAAAGUCACAAUGCUAGAAUACUAUGCAUAUAGGUUACAUGAUAGGCCAAAUGACUUCAACACUCCAUUACGAUGCAAAAGGUUAACACAGGCUUACUUUGUGGAUGGCUAUUGUUCUGUUGAAACCUUUCGUAUUGCAUUCUACCGCAAGCCUAGCUUUCAACGGAAAUACAGAUCAUCAUCAUUCAGUUGUUUAGCAGAUUCUGUGUCAAAGGGUAUUACAUCAGGUUCUUCUGUUGGCCAAAGGAUUAUAUUACCUUCCUCAUUUACUGGAGGCCCUCGCUACUUAUACCAAAACUACCAAGACUCCAUUGCUAUUUGUAGAAAAUAUGGUUGCCCAGAUCUGUUUGUCACGUUCACAUCAAAUGCUGCUUGGCCUGAAAUUACAGAGGCUCUAUCAUCCAUUCCUGGUCAAGAACCAACUGACCGUCCAGAUAUUGUCAACCGGGUAUUCAAAAUGAAGCUUAAUAUUCUAAUGGAUGAUAUUAAAAAGAAACAAUUCUUUGGACCCAUAAACGCAGAUCCAUCUCCCCUAUGGAGUCAACUACGAAAUUUAAAGAUAUUACAGUGGGACAGCAAAACUGUAAGGUCUUUGCACGGGUAAUAAGGCUUUGGGAUGCUAUAAAUACGAAUCCCAGAUAUGGAAAUGCUUUGAUCAGCAUUGAUGGCAUUCUCUUGGAUGAAGAUGGAUCCAUGGCACAAAUUAGUGUGCCUAAAAAAUUUGAAAAACAAUUUCGUGGGUUGCUAUCUCAAGGAUCUGUCUAUAUUAUUUCAAAUGUUGCAGCUAUCGAUAUCAGAAGCAAAUCAUAUGUCUAUCGCCAUCAGAAUUAUAUGCUGCAAUUCAAACAAGACACAAAGGUUCAUCCGCUACAUUCAAGAGGUGCAGAUAUACCUACACUUUCGUUCGACUUUUGCCCAUUUGAUCAGCUGCCACAAAAAGCAAUUGAUUCCAAGCCACUCCUAGAUGUGAUAGGAGUAAUAUGUGAUGUUGGUCCAUAUGACUAUGCUAGCCAAACAUCUCAGCACAAAUUUCGGAAGAUCAAAAUUCGCAACCUAGAAGAACAAACACAAGAAUUAGUUCUAUGGGGCCAGCAUGGAGAAUCAUUUGAUGAAGAAACAAUACUUAAAAAAUCUCAAGAAGGAAUUGUCAUAGCCAUUUUUGCUGGUGUAACUGCAAAUCUACAAAGGUUUACAGGUAUGAUACAAGGAUCCUCAAGUUCUGCGACACAAAUAUAUCUUGAUCUUGAUAUACCUGAAGUUCAAAAGUACCGCACCAGCUAUCAAUGGAAAUGCCCAACUCUACAAAAGCAUCUCCCUCAGGUCAAACAAGUAUCUCCACUUGAAGCAGCAGGCAAACUAUACACCAUUGAAGAAAUAUCUAACCUUCCAGCAUCAUCUUUUCAGGGAGGAGCAACCUUCAGCACUAUCGCAAAAGUAGCAUCAAUUAUAUCGUCAGUCAAAUGGUACUACAAAGCAUGCAAGCGUUGUGGAAAAGGAUAUAACAACAUGACAGAUACCCCAACAUGUGGCUGCCAAUUUCCAGUUCCAUGCCCAAUGUACAAACUUCCCCUUACACUAACAGAUAACUCGGGAAGUUUGGAUGCAAUUGCUUUCGCUAGAGUAGCUGAAGACUUAGUUGAGCGUCAUGCUGAUCAUGUUUCAAUGAGUAUGAAGAUAGAAGCUACAGAUCAUAAAAGUUAUUCUACAUAG